UGACAUCAGCGACGACGCACUUUCUCUUUUGCUGCAAGCCCUCCCGUCGCCUUGUGGGAAGCUGUUCCUUGGACAGUAUUUAGUCUUCUGCGUAGAAGUGCCAUGACUCUGGAACGAGGGGAUGCCAAUCGAGCGAAUCGAAUUUGUGGCCCGGUUUGAAUUCUUGACGAACUGAUGGAGAAAUUGCCCGACGAGAUUUGGUCACAAAUCCUUCGCAACUCGGCGAAGAGGGAGCAUGGUCUUAGGGCCCGGGAUUUGUGCUCCUUUGCAAUUGUGAGCAGGAGAGCGAAGCGUAUCUCCAAGGAGAGCAAGAUAUGGAGACCGAUGCUGGAACGGGACUUCGGCGGCGAGUACAAGGCGUCGGAAGAACGUGCAGUCGACCCCAAGGCUUCGUACAUGAAGAAGUUUGAGAAGAGAAAAGCUAAAAGAGAAGCAGAGCGCAGGCUUCAAAUAAUGAGACUUGAAAGCUCGGUCUUUUCCUGUGAAAUAAGCAUCCAAAACUACAAGAGAAAGCUCAUGCAAGAGAAGGCUGCUGCGAAGGCUGUUGCGGCAGAUAUUCGACUACAGCUUUUUGCUGCUCAAUAUACCAGAGGAGCUUCAGUUGCCUUGCGAAGAUGGCAACCUGAUGCUGUAAGUACUUUCCAUCAAAGGGUGGUGCAGCAAGUGUUAGUAGAUGACAAAGCUCGAGUGAAUUCUCUGAAGAAUGACCUGCGUGAACGCGCACACUACGUCGUCUCUUGUGAGAGAGGAUUGAAAAAGUGUGAAUACAAUCUUAAAGUUUUACGACAAAAGCUUGAAGAAUUAUAUUACUCUCCUAUAGAUUUAUCUGAAGAUCCUAUUUCACCGAAGUCCUUAAUGUUGAAAAGUUUGGUUGAUCGCUUGAGCUGGCGGGAGGCAAAGAGGUCCAAACUUGCUGAUCAAUGAGCAAUCAAUUCAUGGUUGUUGUCUUCAUAACUGUGGACUCUGGAUUAUAUUCUUCGAACAGGAGGCUGGCGCGGUCCCGGAACCAGGGCUGCGAAAAUAUAGGUUUCUUCUCUUUGUUUGCUGGAAGAGAAGAGGAAGCUGCAGGUGUAGACGUAGAUGCUUUGGACUUCCCUUUUGCUCCUGAAUUCGCUUGCUUGGCUUUGCCAAGCUUUAUCCAGAAACGAGCAGAUGCCUCCAGCAGCAAGCCAUACUCGAUUUCCAAAAGGGUUGGUUUGUACUUCGUGUAGACAUUGUUCAUCUUACUCACGCUGUGCCUCCGAGAUGUGUUGGGGCUGAUUACUUUGCUUUUGUCUGCUGCAGCCGCCGGAAUAGUCUCGUCCUGAAUAGUUUUUGCCAAGAGCGAUACACAUAUGGUGGUUUAGCUUCAGUGUAGUACGAAAGUUUUUACUAGUCUUUGUUAGUUUUUUGGGCUGCUGUCCGAUAGUCAAGUUUAUUGUUUCAGCAGUGAAAAAUCGCUCUUGAAGUGUGUAAGGCGUGUGUUACAUCUAAGUAAAAUUGUGUUAAUCUUCAAAUCUGA